AUGCGAGAGAUGAUGGUGCCUAAACGGUUCAUCUUUGGCUUGAUAUGCCUUCAUCUGAUGAUGAGCUGCACUGGUGGUAACGAGAUGUGUAAGGCCUCCAUUGGUGGUCGUAGAGGGGCGUGUCCUCCUACUUGGAUCCAGUGGGGUGGCAAUUGCUACAAAGCCACCACGGAGCCUCUGACAUGGUUUGAUGCAAAAGAUAAGUGCAUCAAGAUGGGAGGUGCCUUGGUCGUGCCACAGUCUCAGGAGGAAACUGAUUUCCUCGUCCAUCUACAGCAAUUUGACUUUUGGAUCAAUUGCAACGAUCUAGAAGAAGAAGGUACUUGGAAGUGUCAUGGUACUGAUGAGGUGGCGUUUAAGAAUUGGGAGACUCGUCCGCGGCAACAACCCGAUAACUACCAAGGUAGCGAGCACUGCGCUGGAGUAUUGUCAACUGGGGAAUGGAAUGAUGUGUCAUGUGGUAGCCCGCGCCUUGCGAUAUGCAUCCGAUCUACACCACAGCUGCACUUUUAG